AUGGCAGACUACCAGCAUGUUGUUCCAGUUCAUGCUGAUAUAGCCAGGAGGAAAAGGAGGAAUUGUAGUGAGACGGAGGAACCACGUUUUCAAAAAAAAUCUGGUCUAAUGGAUUUGGGUCCAGAGGAUGUGAUGAUGCUUUUGCCUCCACUUUUUUCUCUCAAAGAUGUGCCAGAAAAUAUAGCAUUAAGACCACCAUCAACAUCAAGUUCAAGAAAGAAACAAGAUGAAACUCCAGAAACUCUUCCCAAGUCCUUAGCUUUCAUACAGGUUCCUAAGAAGAUAAAUUGGAAGGAAUUCAUAACAGAAGGCACACCAAUGUGGGAGUGGCAGAUGGCUGUAUCUGAACUGUUCGAGGAGCGGCCUAUAUGGCCCAAAUAUUCACUGAUUGAACGCUUGCUUGAUAAAAAUCUUAAAUUUACCUAUCAGACACUUAAAAGGCUUCUGCUCACGGUCGGAUACUACUUUUCUGGUGGACCAUUUCAGAAGUUCUGGAUCAGAAAAGGAUAUGAUCCUCGCAAAGAUCCCGAUUCUCGCAUAUAUCAAAGUGUUGGUUUUCGAGUACCACCCGAAUUAAAAAGUUACUGUGAUGCUAAUACUGCUAAAGGCUUGAAGAAUAGAUGGGAGGAUUUAUGCAAAUUUCGAAUGUUUCCUUACAGAAACCAAUAUUCAUUCCAGCUGUAUGAACUUGAUGAUGAUUACAUUCACCAAGAGAUACAAAAGCCUCCAAAGCAGACAAGUUGCACUGUGAGGUUCCUAUCAAUAUACCCAGAAACUGGUGCAGAAAAAUUUCUUAAAGCUGCUUCUGAAAAAUUUAUGAAGUCAAAGAGAGCGUGCAUAUACAAAGAUGCACCAAAACCAGUUCAGGAGGAGCACCAACAAAUUAAUGGAGAAGCUGUAGAUGAUGAAGCGAAUGAAAAUCAGCUCGAUGUUGAUGAUGCUGAGGUGGAUGAACUCGAGUCUGAUGAUGGUGAAGAGGAAUUGGAUAUAAGCGGAAUGGAUUUGGCUGCUGAGGCUGAUAAUAUUUCAUUGAAUUCGAUUUCACGUAUCCUUCUCACUGAUUCAAUUACUGUCAUAGAGAACUUAAUGGAGUUGAAAGGUUGUCUCGAGGAUUCGAAUUUCACAUGUAAGGAACAUUGUUCAUGUCUGAAAAUUCUGGACAUUAUGGCAUUGGCUUCGCCUGGUGUAUAUGAAUCUAGGAUGACAAUAGUGGAGAAUUUUGCUUUUUCACUUAUCUUCGGUUGA